CCCAAUAUUGUGAGAAUUUUUUUUUACGAAAAUUAAUUUUGUGACUGACUUGUUUUCAUAUUUUCUCCUGUAAUUAUUUUUAUAAUACGAAUAUAUGUAUUUAAAUUAUGACUACGCUUGAAGAAACUCGAACAUCUGCAGUAAAUGACCAGCGGCGUAGUAGGCGUUCCUCUUACGCACGAAAAAGUCAAAAAUCACUAGAGGAAUUAGCUGCUGAACGAAAACUCAGAGAUAAAGAAGAAAAGCAAGAAAAUCUUAAACAAAUUUUAAACAUGAUUUGUAAAAAAGAAUUACAACAUGCAGACGAAAAAGAUGUUAGUCUACAGCCAAGCUUUAGUAAAUUUCAGUUACCCUAUAUUAUUAAAUGCCGCAAUCGUUAUAAUGCCAGCAAAAAACUAUACGAACAACGUUUCCAAUAUGAAAUUGAACAAUUAAUUGUCCAACAGGCUACCGGCUAUGAAGCAGCACGUUUAAAUAGACAUUUAUGCAUCACCACUAUUUGGCCGCCUCUACAUAGUCGCAGUGAAAUUGCCCAUACACAACGUUAUUUUUUCAGUUUAACGCGUAAAGAACGUCAACGUUUAAAUUGGAUUAUGAGCACCAAAAUUAUAUGAAAUAAACACAAAAACACACACAGUCAUAUACAUUCAUUCAUACAUAUAAAAAACUAACAUUUAUUUUAAAAUAUCUACAAUAUAUCAGGUGGCUUCUGUUUGUUCGUGGGCUCAAAUUAUUACUGGGUGAUAAUACAAUAAAUUGAUUUAAAUGGAGAUAUGAAAUAUAUGUACUAUGUGUGUAUAUUGCUGUUGAAAUA